AUGGUUCCCUACAAUCGAAGAUCGAUCAUUUCUCUUUCCGUUGUCUCCCUCUCCUUUUUUCUGCUGUUCAAUGCGGUCUUGGCUUUACCAUCCGGCCUCAAGCCGCGGUCUGAAGAUGUCCAACCGACCUGCGAAAACCCUGCGUUCCCUUCUUACUUUGACUUCUCCGUAAAGUCCCGAUCUGAUGACCCUGGGAAAUGCCCCAAUGUCUCUCGGCUUUUCCGCAGGGAGUCAGCAGAUGCCGACGACUACUCCUGCUCGGAAACCAAGCCAUGCAAGAACGGUGCCUGUUGCCCCAAGGCCACUGGGCAAUGCAACUAUGGACCAGACGCGUGUGGCACAAACGGAGAGUCCCCCAAUGACGUCUGCUGGAGCAACUGCGAUGCUCAUGCCGAGUGCGGCAGAUACUCCGACCCGCCCGGUAAAGAAUGCCCUCUCAAUGUUUGCUGCAGCGAGUACGGCUUCUGCGGAAUGACGGACGACUUCUGCGCCCAGACGGAUGAUCCGGACACAGGCUGCCAGAGUAAUUGCGAGCAACCAAAGUCUGGCAAGUCUGACACAGACGUCCAGAAGCGCAUCAUCGGCUACUACGAGUCCUGGGCGCACGACCGCAGUUGCCAGGGCAUGGACUUCAAGGAUAUCCCUGUCGAAAGCCUAACCCACCUCAACUUUGCAUUCGGCUACAUCACUCCCGAUACCUUCGAGAUCGCACCUAUGGAAGGUGUCGAUGCCAAGCUGUUCUCCGACUUCACUGCGCUCAAGAAGCGGAACUCGGGGCUCAAGGCGACCAUUUCACUCGGCGGCUGGAGCUUCAACGACAAUGACACAUCAACCCAGCCAGUCUUUUCGGACUUGGUGUCGUCGUCCUCGAAUCGCCAGAAGUUUAUCAACAACCUUUUCUCAUUCAUGCGACACUACGGCUUCGACGGAGUUGACUUUGAUUGGGAGUAUCCCGGAGCACCUGAUCGCGGCGGUCAUGACGAAGACGGCGAAAACUAUACCCUAUUGAUGAAGGAGUUGAAAGACGCAAUCGCAAAGCAGCCCGAGGAUUACGAAGUCUCUUUCACAGCACCAACUUCCUACUGGUACCUACGGUGGUUCGACUUGACCAACAUGAUGAAACACGUUGACUUCAUGAACCUCAUGUCGUAUGACUUGCACGGCGUCUGGGAUGCCGAUGAUCCAAUCGGCAGCCAUGUUUUGGCUCAUACCAAUCUUACCGAAAUCAAGCAAUCCCUCGACCUUUUGUGGCGUAAUGACGUGGACCCAGGAAAGGUCAACCUCGGCCUGGGGUUCUACGGCCGUUCUUUCCAACUGGCCGAUAGCUCUUGCUGGCAGCCUGGCUGCCUCUUCAAGGGCGGUGCGACCAAAGGGGCGUGCUCGAAGAACUCGGGCACCCUGACGUACAAGGAAAUCAUGGACGUGAUCGAUACUUAUAACGUAUCGCCCUACUACGACAAGGAAAACGCCGUCAAAUACAUCACGUGGAACAAAGACCAAUGGGUUUCCUACGAUGACAAAGAUACCUUCCAGCAAAAGGUCAAAUUUGCCAACGACCAAGGGCUUUCAGGCCUCCUCAUCUGGGCCGUCGACCAAGACACGACCGACCUCGCCGCGCUCCGCGGCGUUCUGUACCCAAACGAGCUCAAAGCGUUCAACAGCGAGGCCGACAAGGCCGACUACUGGAAGGAGAGCGGCGGCGGCGACUGCCGCGUGACCGAGUGCGGCGGCAGCUGCAACCCGGGCGAGGUGCCUAUCACGACGCAGCCGUGCGGCCAGUCGACGGGCUUCUGGGGCGGCUACCACUCGGACAGCGCCGACAGCACCCUGUGCUGCCCCGUCGACGCCGCGCCCGACAAGAAGAACUGCCAGUGGCACGGCAACCCCCCGCUCUGCGACGGCCAGUGCGACCCGGGCCAGGUCGCCCUGGAGUCGAACAAGUGGGGCGACCACGGCGACUACUGCACCGACGGCCUGAAGUUCUACUGCUGCGAUGUGCCAGACGCCAAGGCGAUUGAUUGCAGCUGGAAGGAUUCGUGCUCGUCGGAUGAGACGCUGAUGACGUUCGAGGGCUCGUUUCUGGAGACUAUUGCUGACUUCUCUCAGUUCUUUGGUCUGGUUGGCGAGGCGCUGGCCGAAGUGCUUGAUGCGUAUGAUUUGGAUUUCGGCAAGAUGUUUUGCUGCUCCAAGGAGGAAGCCAAGAACUGGAAGAACUGCGCCUGGGCGGGCACAACCGGAAAAGGUAUCUAUAGCUGUGAUGAUAACCAUUGUGCUACCGGCCACCAGGUGGAGCUCGCAAAGAGCGAGUAUGGUGAAGGCCAAAAUUGUUUCCCUCACCUGGAACGGACACGUGCAUUCUGCUGUGACCCGGAAAGCGGCAAAUCACCAUUCUUGCCGGUGCCUUUGGAGUAUCUGUUCCCCAAUCCACCUAGUGAUGACGAGGCGAAUCCGGAAUUCAAACUCGAAACCGAUGACACUUGGGGAACCGGGGAAGAUGAGGGCACUGAGGGAGAUCCUAACAAAUCGGCGUUUGGGUUCGUCAUCAUCACUUCCCCCGAAGAGAUACAACAGUCUUUGGACAAACGAGAUGGCUCCCAUUGGGAAGUUUUCGAUUGUUUCAACUCCAUCAGCGAGGAAGAGCAGACCGUUCGGAUGGUUUGCACGGAUUAUUCGGAAGACAGCAAUUGCAACAAAAUAUAUCUCGGCCACGGCGUGCCUGGUACCAUCCUGGAGAUGCCAGAUGGAUGCGGCCCAGGAAAGUACGCUGUUGCGAAAAACAUGACCGUCUCCGAAAACCAGGAGCUGCCGCAUCAUAUUCGCAAGCGAGAAUUCAUUGGCCGGGAGAUCUACGACUUGACCUUUGACUAUGACUUUGCAAGAGUCCCUCGCGAUCUUGGCGAGAGUCUGAUGCGCAUCGACUUCUCCAAUGAAGAAGGCUAUUGGAACAACGUCGUCAACAAGGCCGGAGAAACGAAACGCAAGCGCUCUCUUGAGGACGUUGGCAGAAACCACAAGCGCUGGCUUGAGGAUGAAUGGCGCGAUGACGUGCAUUUCGGGGCGCUAGAUAAGCAUGAGAUACACAAGCGGUGGUUUGGAAGUGGCGUCAUAUCCUGGUUGAAGAACCUCAUCACCACGGGGACUGCCAAAGUUACCGAGGAACUCAACCACCAGGUGGACGAAACCAUCACCGCCAUUCUGGUUGACGAACAGUGGGGUCCCUGCCCCGUAGGCCCUGCCACUGCGCAAGCAAACAUCAAAGCAGAGAUAUCGGCUCAUCUCCAAGUGGACACCAGCUUCGGAAUCACCAUCAUCACGACACUCAAUCUUCCGAAUCCUCCAGACCUCAGUCAGUCGUACUUGUAUUUCAAGAACAAAGGCUCGGUUACUGCCAGUUUCUCACUCGACGCGGUUGCAUCUUUGACUUACGACUCUGGAGAUAUAAAGAUGAUCGGGCUGGAUGACUUCCCAGGAGCAACUUUCAGGGUUCCCGGUAUCGUCACAGUAGGCCCCAAUGUUGCGGUCUACGGAUCCCUUUCGGCAUCAUUUGUCGUUGCCGGCCACUUGGAUGCCCAGGUCAACAUCGCGUCUUGGGAAACACAACAAACGUACCCGCAGGAGUCUGGAUACGAACCAAAAGCCCUCGAGGAUCCAAACCGCAGUGGCUCUCAAACACUUGGAACGCCCGAGUUCAAUUGGGAAGUGUCUGCCUCCGGCCAGGUCGAGGUUCACCUGAAACCUACCGUUACCUUCGGUAUUGUUUUCGAUGACAGAUGGAAGGUUGACAAUGCCGCUGUGCAUCUUGUUGCUGACGGAUCUGUGGUAUUCUAUGCGAGUGCUGCAGCUGGUAGCGAUUCGAGCACAUGUCCCUUCAAAUACGGCAUCAACGCACAAGCGCAGCUUUACGCCCAGCUAGAUGCACCAGACCUCUUUGGCUGGGGAGGCACCACCAGGAUACCAAUUGCAGAGCUGCCCGCAAAAGACAUAACACCAGGCGGAAAAGGCGAGAUCUGCCCGGCCCAGGAGCCCACCAAGCGUGACGUAUGGACUCUCAGAGCCCCAUACCAGACAAGGCAGCCGGAUGCUCUCAAUCACUCGAGAUAUGUUCCAGCACUGGAUCCAUGGGGAAAUGCAUUACCUGCAGCUCUGAGCUUCAUCGAACCUGCUGGCUCUCUAUCCAAGCGCGAGAACCACGUAAUUCCGCCCAUGUUCACGAUCCCCGACAAGUUCAAAAAGUGCCCUGGUGGUGGAGGAGAAACACCCGGAGAGGCGUGCGAGCUGUGCUACACCAUCGGCUUGGCCGAAGAUGACGACUCCUCGUCCAAGGCUCGCCGAGCACUACUAGAGCGAGAUGGUGAUGAUUCAUCCUGCCCGUAUAUCCUGCCCCCUCCGGAUGCACUCUGCACGGAAGCCAAACUUUCGAAGAGGGUACUGUACGAAACAAAGACGUACUCGUGGAAUGGCCAGGCGUACCCCUUCUCCGAAUAUCCUCAAUGUGGACUCUACAGCACAGAUCUGCAAGUUUCAAAGUGGUAUAUGCCAAAUAACGACCGGACGCAAGCAUGCACUCCAGCCAUCGUGAAGAACAGCAUCCGCAACAAGGACAAGACGGUCGCCGGCGUUAGCGUUAGUAAAUUUGCUACGGAUCACGUCUUCGAGGUUGGUAUCAUUACCAUUUUCCUCCAAUGGCUCUCGGGCACCUCAAAGAACUACGCAAACGGCGGACCCAUCCCCUUCCCUGCCGGCUGGACCGCAGCAGACACGGCGUGGGUCGAGCAGGUGCUCGGGGUUGCGCAGACAGGCAACAACAACGGCUUCCUCUUCCAGUACAACGGCAACAACUGGGACUGGCUCGACCACGUCGCGUCCGAGGCUCUCGGCAGCGCCCUCAGCAAGGAAACACGCGGCCUGCUCGCCGUCCUGCUGCAAGACGUCAACUCGGUCAAAAAGGACUGGACGCAGGGCAACCAGGUUUCGCCGCCGCCGACGACGGGCUCGCAGUCGGGCGCGACGCAGGACGUGCGCAACUCGGCCGCCGUCUUCCAGUACCUGCAGCACGCCGACAUCCGGCCGCGCUGGACGCAGCCGUCCAACGAGGUCGAGGCCAUCUGCGACGCCUUCGACUCGGCCUUCACCUGGGGCCAGUCGCCCCAAGGCACCACCGAGCCGACCGGCCCGCAGCGGCCCAACGGCGUCACCAGCUGGGGGCUCCGCACUCUGUGGUGCUACUGGAUCGACAAUCACAUCGACCGCGCCCAGCGCAACAUCGCUAGCUACCUCGCAACCUCCCAGGCCGUCCUCAGCAGCUUUGCCGGCGGCCAGAGCCAGGUCGCCGCCCACUUCAUCACCAACCAUAUGACGUCUGGCACCGGCCUGGCCAAUGCGAAUCAGAUGCAUUUCCCGCGCGCCGCGAAUUGGGCCAACAGGCCGUUGCCAGGGACGAACAGUGCGGCGAGCACCUCGAGCAGAUACAUGUUGUGGGGUGAUAGCCGAGUUGGGGGAACGAAUAACGCGUUUGGUCCGCUUGGUGUAUGA